UAUCAAGUUGGCUCUCAUUGUUUGGCACAAAUGUCAAUAAAAUGACAAACAAGACAACACUAAAAUAGCCAAAGGAUUUAUGAUGUCAAAAACCAUAAACUCAGAUGACUUGAUAUUUUUGAAAAUCAUAUCGAUACUGAGGAAAAAUUUAAUUCAUUUCAAAUCAAAAAUAUGGCUUCUUUUGGGGAAAUAGUUGAACCUACAAGUAGAACGACUUGGGAAGAUUGGGACGACAUUACACCGGAACAUUUGACAGAAUUAAUAUUGCAGAAAAGUGUCGACACACUGACGAACGUGGAAUCUUUUAUUGUUCUUGAAGGAAAAUAUUUAUCAGAAAUUACAUCUGUACAAUCUCAACACGAAUUGGAAAUGAUAAAUACAAUAAACGAAGUAAAUUUACACAUUUAUAGAGAAAAAUCUCUGAAUGCUUACCUGUGUGUCGUUAAGGAUUACAAUUUAUUACAAAGUAGUGAAAUUGUUGAGCUUCUCAGGCCUUUCAUUGUUGCUAGUAAAAACGUUAUAGCUAUACAGACAAAGCCACUUGCAGAGUAUCAAUCAUCUGAUAUUUCUAACACAGACUGCAUUAUAAGAGCUGUCUUCACAAGCAAUGUAGCCUCAAAAUCAUUGAAUUUUGAUUACCCGAGAUUAGAGCAACCAAAUAUAAUCACUGGAUUAAGUGCAGGAGUUAUUUGUUUAUCAGAGUUCUUGAACCUUCCUGGGGUAGCAGUUAUCUGUUACUUGGAAUGUACAGAGGAGUUCCAGAAUGAUGGAAUGCAGAACUUAUUGAAAAAAUUAAACUUGAUUCACAACUCCAUACCAAGAGCCCACAACAUUCUCAAUUCUAAUUUGUAUAUUUGAAUCGAUGAAAAAUAAAAUACUAUUUUUGUAUUUUUUCUUUUUGA